CUUAUUUUUGUCUUCCGCCUCCUUCCCCACUUUUCAAUUUCGGACCGCGGAUUUGAGGACAAUCCUUCUCUCCUUCAUUUCUACCCUUGAUCUUGUGCCUUCUAGCAGCUGAAUAUCUUCUCACCCUUUCCGCCAGACAGGAAAGACGAAAUCCUUUGACAAAGCUAUCUGGAUAUAUUAGAACAACUUCACCAUUGCCGAGAGAAAUUCCCCCUCAUUCCGUACUGCAACUCCGCUCCCCGAUCGACCAUAACUUGGUCACCACCAGCAAUUUCACAAGCUUUGGCGAUAGAGAAGCGAUCGAUCUCCAUUCGAACCACACGUCUACGCCAUUGUUUGAACCAACAACGGCUCCAUCGGCGAUAAUGGAGUCAAGCUGGCCAGCCCAGAGUUCAUUUAGUUAUUACAACCAAGGUUCAUUGCAAACUUCUUCUCGACAAACAUCAUCAUCUACCAACGAAUACUCUGAUCGGACCCCCAGAAGAUCGGCCGCUCAACCUCAGAUGCCCACAUUUUUACCGCCCCCCCCGCCCCACGGCCAUCAAAUACCAGAAAAUGGAGGCAACAACCUUCCUUCAUUCUCACACUCAUUAUAUUCACCUUACCAUGGACCGGGGGGCAAUUUGCCACCGUCAAACCCCCAUGGUAUGGCGCACAGCAUGCCUUCUUACUCACAUAUUUCUGCUCUUUCGGGUACCGCAUCAGGUUUCCAGUAUACGAAUCACUCCCCGAUGGGUUUAAACGAACCCCUUACUUCCCACUCCCGGUCUCAAAUAACACAUUCCUACCAUGAUCCUCCAAGAUUACCUGGCUACUCGUCUUCUCCUAAUCUUCACCAACUAUCGCCUGUCUCGCCUACUGCACACCUGCUUCCCAACAUGCAACCUCCCUCAGCAUCACCUUCCAGCUCUUCUUUCCCAAGUAGCAUUCCUAGGACACCGGCCACCCUUCCGAAAGGGGUAAAGCGGCAUAGCUUAGGUUCAGAACAAAGUUUUGACAGUUGGGAUGACGAGCAAGACAUGCCAUCCGGGAAGAUUACUGGGGAUAGAAAGUAUGAAAAGGAUCCCCAGCCAUGGGGAAUGCCUCAAGAGGAGUAUAAGAAAUUGAAUCCAAAAGACAAGAAGCAAGUUAGGAAUCGGUGAGCAACAAGGGUACAGAAAGCAAAAAUCUGUCAGACUAAUAAAAUAUCAGGGGU